UUGACAAUGACAAAUCAAUCAGUGAAUGUAAAUUUUAGUUGAGGUUAUAUUUGUUCAAUUUUAUUAAAAAAUAAUAUUUUAAUUAUAAAAUAUCUACUAAUACUUAGAAUAUAUAUUUAAAAAUGAUUCUUAAAUCCUUGCUUACAGCAGAAAUCAAGUUUUGCCAAAGUCUUUUAGUCAGAGGAUUAAGCAACAAACCGUCAUGGGACAUUGUAACAGGGGUGUGUGUAGAGAGAGUGCCAGUAGUAACUCCCCCCCUAAAUGACAUCCAGAAAAAGUACAAAAAUAUGAUAUAUGCUAUAGAAGUGGAAAACAGCUUGAAAUCAGAUCAUGAAGUGAGGCAUGAAAAUGAUAAAAUCCAAGCAGAACUCCUUAAGAAGGAAUCAGGCGAUGUUGAUAUGGAUGCCGUCAGUAAGAUAACAGCCCAAGAUUUCGAAGACGCGUCAACAGAAGAACUGACUAAAUUCAAAUUUGCUGAUAUACAGACAGAAGCCGACAAGAAGAAUGACAAGUCAUCAACAGAACGAUGUCUUCAAAGACAUUUGGUUAUGGUCACUGAACAUAAACUCGGUCAAGACAAGUUGAAACUGCUGCCACAAGGUCUAUGGAAAGAAGGGGAAACGUUACGACAGACUGCAGAAAGAGUACUAUUAGAACAUUGCGGGCCAGAACUAAAGGUUCAAUUUCUCUCAAAUGCCCCCUGUGGAUUUUACAAGUACAAAUAUCCUUCAGAUAUCAACGGGAAAGUUGGUGCAAAGGUGUUCUUCUAUUACGCCAACUUUAAGAGUGGGAAACCUAAAACGAAAGCUGAUUGGCUGACGCGCACUGAAUUAACUGACAUUUUGCCGGCGAGAUACAAUAAGUCAGUCAGUGAAUUUCUAAUCGAAGAGUCUUAUUAGUGUGUUAUUGUAAAUAAAUUUAGUAAAUGUUAUACCAGUU